AUAGGCAGUGGCCGUCAGUCGGGCACGAAGAACGAGUAGUCGGCGUCCAACCGUGUCAGCGAUUGAGCGAAUUGAAAAACGACAGUACGUGGCACGUGACAUAUCAUACAGAAUUACGGAGGGGAGGAGGAGGAGGAGGAGGAGGAGAAGGAGACUCAUUCCUCGCCUGUUUCCGACUCGAAAGGAGUCCCUCCCUCUUUUUUUUUUUUUUUCCCCCUUUCCUUUUCUUUCUUUCUUUUCUUUUAUCCAACGCGCUUCGCAACGACGAUACCCAACAGACGAGGAGCGAUGGGAACGUUUCUACGUUUCCUCGGGAUUUCGUCAUCGGACGAUAACAGGAUCGAUCAGGCGACAGGGUUGACCGAGAGGCAGAAGAAAUUGGUGCAGAACACGUGGGCAGUUGUCAGGAAGGACGAGGUGGCUUCCGGGAUCGCCGUGAUGACCGCAUUAUUUAAAAAAUAUCCGGAAUAUCAGCGAUACUUUACCGCUUUCAUGGACACUCCCUUGAACGAAUUGCCGGCUAAUAAACGGUUUCAAGCUCAUUGUGCCAGCGUAAUUACGGCCUUAAAUAAUGUUAUCGAUUUCUUGCACGACCCAGGAUUAAUGGAGGCUAGCCUAAUCGGUUUGGUAGAGAGACAUAAAAAACGCGGCCAAACGAAGGAAGAAUUCCAGAACUUGAAGGAAGUGAUGCUGGAAGUUCUUGGCCAAGCGUUGGGGAAGCAAUACACGCCGGAAGUAGCCGAGGCGUGGAACAAAACUUUGGACAUGUUGUUCGCGAAAAUAUAUCAAGUUUUCGCUUCUUGAAGAACGA